GAAGUGCGCACGGGAGGUUGCUCCGGCCCUGAGUUGAGUCACCCUCGGGGGCUCGGGAUGGAGUCGGGGGCUGAGGCCCAGUCCCAGGCUCAGAUUCACACUCAGACUCAGGCCCAGGAUCAGGCCGGAGCGGAGGGCGGGGCUGUGCUGCAUAUCGUCGUAGUCGGUUUCCACCACAAGAAGGGUUGCCAGGUUGAAUUUUCAUACCCACCAUUGGUUCCAGAGGAAGGGCAUGAUAGCCACAGCUUGCCUGAGGAGUGGAAAUACCUCCCAUUUUUGGCUCUUCCUGAUGGGGCACACAACUAUCAGGAAGACACCAUUUAUUUUCAUUUGCCUCCAAGGAGUGGAAAUCGAAAAACGGUUUAUGGUGUUUCCUGCUAUCGACAGAUUGAAGCCAAGGCCCUGAAGGUUCGGCAGGCUGAUGUCACAAGAGAAACUGUUCAGAAGAGUGUUUGUGUACUCAGUAGGUUGCCACUUUACGGGUUGCUUCAAGCAAAACUGCAGCUCAUCACACACGCUUAUUUUGAGGAGAAAGAUUUUUCACAGAUUUCCAUUCUAAAGGAACUUUAUGAACACAUGAAUAGCUCGUUAGGAGGAAACGCGUUAGAAGGCUCCCAGGCUUGCUUAGGUCUGUCUCCACGGGAUCUGAUUCUCCAUUUCAGGCAUAAGACAGUAAUUCUCUUCAAAUUAAUUCUUUUGGAGAAAAAAGUUCUGUUUUAUUUGUCACCAGUAAAUCGUCUGGUUGGAACCCUGAUGACUGUUCUGUCACUUUUUCCAGGAAUGGUAGAACACGGUCUAGCAGAUUCAUCGCAAUACAGACCACGAAAAAGCACAUCAGAAGAAGUUACACUCCAAGAACAUAGUUUGAAUGCCGAAGAUUAUGUUUCCAUUUCUGUGUCAGACAUUUCAAACCCUGCUUCAGAAUUCAGUGUAGAGGCAAAAUAUCCAGGAGGAGAUCAUCAUGAGAAGAUAAUGGAAAAGGUGGUAACCUUUUCAGAUAUACAGAGGUCAGAGCACACAGAUGGUAAACAACAGCGGCAAUUGCAGCCGCCACAGCACAUUUCAUCCAACUCAUCAGAGAGUGACUGGGAAACUUUGGAUCCAAGCAUUCUUGAUGCUGAUAAUGGGGUAAAGGAAGAUGUGUUGGAUGAAAAGGAUAAUUCUGACAAAAAAGAAGCAUUUACAUCAGAUUCCUCAGUUUCCCCAACCUUGCCAAUCACAGUGCAACCACAGGCUAACACAGGCCGGACGGUGAUCAUCCCAGGGCUAAUUUCUGGACUGGAGGAAGAUCAAUAUGGAAUGCCCUUAGCUAUUUUCACUAAGGGUUAUCUUUGUUUACCGUACAUGGCUUUGCAGCAGCAUCAUCUUCUGUCUGAUGUCACUGUCCGUGGGUUUGUUGCUGGGGCAACAAAUAUCCUUUUUCGCCAGCAGAAGCACUUGAGUGAUGCAGUUAUUGAUAUUGAGGAAGCUGUAAUUCAGACACAUGAUCCAGAGCUACGAAAGUUGUUGAACCUCACCACAGCAGACCUACGGUUCGCAGAUUUCUUGGUGAAACACGUAACUGAAAAUAGGGAUGAUAUCUUUCUCGAUGGAACUGGCUGGGAAGGAGGAGAUGAAUGGAUCAGGGCACAGUUUUCACUCUAUAUCCAUUCCCUUCUUGCCACUACUUUGCAACCAGAUAAUGACAAAAUGUUAGCAGACUAUGGCGUUUUGUUUGUCGCUGCAUGGAAGAACACACACCAUUUCAGAGUAUGGAAUAGCAACAAACAUCCUGCUGUCACUGAAAUCAAUCCUGGGCAUCCAUUCCAGGGGCAGUACAACGUAUCAGAUGUCAAAUUAAGAUUGUCACAUUCUGUACAGAAUAGCGAACGUGGAAAGAAACUUGGCAAUGCAAUGAUCUCCACGAGUCGUAGUAUGGUGCAAACAGGAAAAGCAGUUGGUCAGUCUGUAGGGGGGGCACUGACAAGUGCCAAGUCUGCUAUGACUUCUUGGUUUUCUACCUUCAAUCAACAGGCCACAGCACCCUACUCUGAAAGGCAAAGUGGGAAGCACUGAUCCCAUCAGAGGCGUCACAUUGCUUACAUGCACUGAAUAUGUCAAUAUUGCAUAAAGAGCAGGAACUCGAUAGUAACCAUUCCUUUUACAAAUAAAUCAAACUCUGUACCUUGUUUCCAGUGCAUAAAAUGAAGAUGAGAUGGAUCAGUGUUUAUGUAUGUCAUGUAUAUAGUUACAAAGUUUUCACUAUUGAAUGUCUGCUGAUUAAAUGUAAAACGUGUUUUUGAGCAAUUCUUAGUUGUUUCACUGACUGUCACAGUAAUCAAUUUUUCCUCAUGUUAAAACAAUAAAGGGCCAUGGAUUAAUUAAAUUCUUCCCCCUCCAACUAAUACACUUUCAAUUUUUCUCAUUGGGGUUAUUAACUAUAACUUGGAAAACAGGUUACUUUUUCAUUCAAUUUUUAAACUCUGAACAACUAUUUGCAGACACUGCCACAACCACAAUUGCUAAAAAGUGUAAUCAUUUUUAAUUAGGACCCAUAUCUGUUUUUAAACUCACUUUGGUCAGACAGCAUUCACUGGAACAUAAAUUCCAGUUUUUAAGUAACUGUUAAAACAUUAUGAAAUGACCAGUACAUGCAUUACAACAACAUUAAAAGUAGUAGUUAAAAAAAGUCAAAUUCAAUUACCCCUGCCUCCAAAGAAUGCAACAUAUUCAAAUCAUGAAUCUAAACACUAAUUUUAAUCCAUUUUUAUGACUUUCAUUGAUUCCAGUCCCUCACUUUCAUUUGAUUUGAUAGUGUGCUGGUACACGUAACAAUUAACAUUUUGCAGAGCUUAUAUCCAGCCUAAAGAAUGGAACCAAACUCUGCAAAUAUCACUGUCCAGUCAUGCUCUAAGAUUUUUUUUUUAAAUUUUGUGAAAACCAUUCUCCACAUAUUUACCUGUGAAGUUGGUUAGCAAUUGUGAAAGGGAAGCCUAAAAUACGGUUCACAAAGUAUUCUGACAUCAGAAAAGCUAUUUUUGGAUGUUGCUGUCUUUUCAUUUAGAAAGUAUUCAGAUGGUCUUUGGUAAAAGCUGCCAGAGGAAAUAGAGAGUUAUCUACUUUGCCAUCUUUGAAAGAUAAGUGAGUAAUGAAGUUCCAAUAUUAGGAUCUUUUGGGGCUGUGGGAGGGGUUUGGGGAUGGAAGGGACAAGAUAAUUAAACACUAGUCUGUUUAAAAGUACUGUUUAUACCCCGAUAUCAAAAAAAAUGCUUUAAUGUCUUUCAAAUCAACCAAGGAAACCUAUAAUCUUCAAAGCAUCACAUACAGUCCUUAUCCUAUCAACCUUCUUUCACUUUUAAUCCAUCUGGUAUGCAACAUUGUGAACUAUGUCAUCCAAAUACCACCUCCUGAAUGCAGAAUCCAUUUAUAGCUGCAUAAUAAGACUGUCAAGAGUAUUGUUUCACAAAAGAUCUUUGUAACGGGUUUAUCCCAUAGUUGUAUUUUAUUCAAAUAUUUAAAUUGAAACAACAGAUGUAUACUAUAGUUCGUUAUUCUAUAAAAAUUAUAGCUUUGCAAAUGUUUUCCUGUUAUCACUCUAAAGUGUACUUUGAUAUAAAUAUUACAUACCAAAAAAGUACUCCUACUUG